GGCGGAUCCUGCGACUGAGUCAGAGCCGCGCUGGGACUGAGGGAGACGGAGUGUGACCGGGGAGAGGAACUGUUCAGAGUGAGUCACCGUCCCGGGAGAGAGACGUGGGCCGGCGGGGUACAGUGGAAUGGCGGUGCUGGAACUUGCUCUGCAGGGUCUCUCCGUUUUCGGCCUGAUCCUGUUUGUCAUCCUGUGGUUGAUGCACUUCAUGUCCAUCGUCUACGGGCGCUUUCGACUAAACAAGAAAACAACAGACAAACAACCUUAUAGCAAGCUUCCUGGUGUGUCUCUGCUUAAACCCUUGAAAGGAGUGGAUCCAAACCUCAUAAACAACUUGGAAACUUUCUUUGAGCUUGAUUAUCCUAAAUUUGAAAUACUGCUUUGCGUACAAGAUCAUGAUGAUCCUGCAAUCGAUGUCUGUAAAAAGUUGCUAGGAAAAUAUCCAAAUGUCGAUGCCAGAUUGUUUAUUGGUGGCAAAAAGGUUGGCAUCAAUCCCAAGAUAAACAAUUUGAUGCCAGGUUAUGAAGUAGCCAAAUAUGAACUUGUAUGGAUCUGUGACAGUGGAAUUCGAGUGAAACCGGACACACUGACUGACAUGGCCAACAUGAUGACUGAGAAAGUGGGCCUGGUGCACGGAUUACCGUAUGUUGCUGACAGGCAGGGAUUUGCUGCUACUUUAGAACAAGUAUACUUUGGCACAUCACAUCCAAGAACAUACAUAUCGGCCAACGUGACUGGCUUCAAAUGUGUAACGGGAAUGUCCUGUCUGAUGAGAAAAGAUGUAUUAGAUCAAGCUGGAGGACUUAUAGCUUUUGCUCAGUAUAUAGCUGAAGAUUAUUUUAUGUCCAAGGCAAUAGCAGACAGGGGUUGGAAAUUUGCUAUGGCAAGUCAAGUAGCAAUGCAAAAUUCUGGCAGCUAUUCCAUUUCCCUGUUCCAGUCACGAAUGAUCAGGUGGUCAAAAUUGCGUAUCAACAUGCUGCCUGCUACAAUUGUAUGUGAACCAAUCUCAGAGUGCUUUGUUGCAAGUUUGAUAAUUGGAUGGGCUGCUCAUCAUGUCUUCAAAUGGGACAUUAUGGUAUUUUUUAUGUGUCACUGCUUGGCAUGGUUUAUAUCUGAUUACAUUCAGCUCAGAGGAGUCCAGGGUGGUCCUCUGUGUUUCUCAAAACUUGAUUAUGCAGUAGCUUGGUUUAUCAGAGAAUCCAUGACAAUAUACAUUUUCUUGUCUGCCCUCUGGGAUCCCACUAUAAGGUGGCGGACAGGACGUUACAGACUGCGUUGUGGUGGCACAGCUGAAGAAAUCAUUGAUGUAUGAACACUCAAUCCAGACUCUAAACUAAGAAAAGUAUUAUGUAUGAUGUUUGUACAAAGACUUUUAAAUUGUUCUAUCUUCCUUAGUUUUUACUUGUGUGUCCUUGUAUUGGAUUAAUUUAUUUGCCUGGCACUUGCAGUUGAAAUUUAAAAAAAAACUUGCAGAAAAUGAAAAAAAAUGAGGCCAAAAAGCAUGUUUUUCUAUCCCAAUCCCCCCCGCCCAUGCAAAGAGAUAGGUUAAAUUUUUUUAAAACAAAAUAUAUUUUAACCUAACAGUUUUAAAAGAUGCAAGGAUAUUGUUCCUUUAAACAUUAGGUUUGAGGUAUUGUGUUUGGUAAUUCAACAGUGCUGCUUAUGAAAGAUAUGAAAAUAUCUGUUGGAUAUUCCAAUGCAGACUGUAUGAAAAGAUCCUUCAAAAAAGAGGGUUAACAGACAAACAGUUUUUGGCCUCAUAGCAAUGACCAAAAGUAGUUCUAUUAUCUGCAACCUUCUGGAACAACAUUAGUAUUAAUCACUGCAUGUGUAAUAGCACAUAGUUCUAUUUUUUGGUUGCCAUUUGAAUAGCUAAGUAGCUUUUUUUUAAAAAAGGAUCAAAGCUGCUCAGUGGACAUUACUUCAUGCGUUUCAAGACCAAAUUAAAUUGCACAUCCUCGUACAAAAGCAAAUUACUGCGGAUGCUGGAAAACUGAAAUAGAAAAAAAAUCUGGAAAAUCUCAGUUAGGUGGCAUGUGUGGAGAGUGACAGUUAACCAUUUCAGGUUGAUGGCUUUUCACCCGAAGUUUGAUAGAAAGGUCCUCAAAUAAAACUUUACAUCAGUUACUCAACUCAAGCAGGUUAGACAGCUUGUGUAUUCAGGAUUUUCUCCUUUUAUUAUUGGUCAUCCUCAGGUUAUAACUUUCAGUAUUUUGGAAGUAAGGGUGUGAAGUUCAACAGCUUGUAAAUAUUAGUGUGUCCUUUAGCAUUACUGAAUAAUGUUUGAUAGGUAGGAGGACAUGUAUGAGGCUAUAAUUACGACCGCAGCAACUAAUUCAGAAACUGCCAAACUAGAUCUGUUGAUGGUUCACGUUUCAAUAUUACUAUCUUGAUCUGGUCUUCAUUAAUUAAAGCUAGUUUGGUAUCCAUGUGGAAAUGCAAUAAUUUUGCAGAAACUUAAUGCAUGCAGUUGAAUUUCUACUUUGCCCAGGCUUCUUCUUAGUGUUUGUAUUCAAAGUGCUGGAGUUAGUGAGCUCAUUAGUCACAAUUUACAACUGAUUUCAGUGGUGAACUAGAUCUGUUAAAAUGGGGUUGAAAGUGCUAUUUGUAUGCCUGAGUCUUCAGAUUGGACUGACAGAAUUUUGUGCCCUGAACUUUAUGUAGCAUUUGUAUUUUUUUUAAAUUUGUGGCCAUAUAGAAAUGGCAUGUAUGUUACAUAGACUGUGACUUGUGAAAUGUUUGCGUUCUGAACAAUUCUAGCACCUAUAUUUAAACAUGUUCUUUUUUUUGAAAAGAAAUGUUGGUUUUCAGAAAUCGCUGCUGGACAGUCAAAUCCAUAGUGUGGGCAAUAAUGAAAUUAUUUGAAGUUGCAUGAUGGCAAAUGAUGCACUUUAAGCUCAGAUAAUCUGGUUCAUCUUGUGACCGGGCAAAUCUUGGCAUAUAAUAUUGCCCUUGAUGCUUUUUUUUUGUAAAUUGUUCUAAAUUCCAUUGAUUGCGUCACAAGUUUGCUGGCCAAUCACAGAAUAUUGGGAUUGAAAUUGGAAAGUUUUUGGAAAAUGUCAUUCAUUUACACUACUGAUUGAGCCACUUCCCUCAUUUAUUUUAACACUUUACCCUUAUGACAUCAUUUCAUUGGUGUGAGGGGUUAUUUUGUGUAUCUUUUGCACCACUCAGGCAUAACGCUUUGUUUGCAUAAUCUCAUCACUCUCAUCAUAGGCAUGAAUCAGGUGAAUCCUGAGGAAGUCCUGUGCUUUCCAACACUGUCUAGUUGUGAUCCACUAAUUUUAAGCUUUCAUCAUUUGAGCUUUGCUGUAUAUCAUUGUCAAUGUUAUUUGUAAUUUUUUUACAACUCAUUUUUGUUCUAUUUAUGACUUUCUUUCAUCUGACCAGUGCUGAAAUGAGAAUUCUACUUGCAGCCUGAUGCAAUGCUGGUUUUUUCCAUGAUAUUUCAGCUGUGAAGUUUUUUAAAAAAAUUGGAGGUUGCAGUUGAAUCAUUUCCAUAAAAUUACUAAGCAGUGUGUGAAACAGCUGAAAAUGAAGUGGCACCAAAGCAUGAUCUCAUGAUUUUCAUAUCUUUAUUGAGCCAUUUACAUUUAUCGAUUGCAUGCUCAAAGCACACAGACAUGUCAGCGCUAAUUGUAGCGUACAGAUUUAGUCAGGGAUCUUUAGUUGUCAAAACAGAUCUGUGAUUGUGCCUCUUCGUGGGCUUUGAUGUUAAAAAUGAGCCUUAAUGUUGAUUGUAUGUCUUGGGAUGUAUAUGUGAUGACUACAGUCACAUGAAAUGUAUCAGCUUUGUACUUGUUGGUUAAAAUCUGAGACUGCUAAGUGACACUGACCUUGCUAUACAUAUAGGUAGGCACUGAAAUGCAAAUGUGCUUUAUUUAAUUCUCAACUUUGUACUGUGUUCCAGACUCUGCCACUAAAUGCUUAAACCGUGAAAUUUUGCUUCAGAAGACUAUAUAUUCAGAGAUGUCAAUUGUACAUUCAACUUUUUACUGAAUAAAACAGAUUUGAAUGUA